AUGUUUCUUAAAGAUUUCAUUAUAGAUGACAUUAAUAAAUAAUAAUAAUUGAAUGGGUAAUCAUAAGUUGAUGAUAAUUAAAAUUAAAAAACUAAGGGAGAUGUCAUAAUUCGUAAUAGAACAUACACAAAAAAUUUGGGAACAAAUUAGGCUCAGUAUGAUUUAUAAGAGGUCGAUUUUAAUUCAAUUCUAUUUGAUAAUGAGAAUGAGAAUAAGGACUAAUUAAGAUUCCAACUUUAGACUAUUAAUUCGACUAAUUCAAUGAAUUAACCGGAAAUAGUAGAUUUUGAAUAAUGUAGAGCUUCCAUUGAAGAAGGUUGUUAGGAGAGAGAUUAGUAGUAAUAAUUAAAGAAUUAAGAAGUAUUAGAAUAAGAAAUUCCAAAUUAAAAUACAAUUAGCGAAAGUGAAUAAGAGUAGGUUUAAAAUGAAGAAAUUGCAUUUAAAAGUGAGGAUUAAAAUUUUGAAGUUCUCAAUUUUACUGAAAUUUAAAUCCCUGAACAAAAUAAAGUUACUCCAUCUAAACCGUAUUCAGAAAUAAUAAGGAGUUUGGAUUAGACUGAUUAUAUGGGCGAGUUUUUAGUAACUCCAUUGAGAUAGCCAGGAAUGUUGUAAUGUAUAAUUAGGAGGGAGAGUUCUGGUUUGAAUAGUUUUAAACCAAAAUAUAAAUUGUAUUGGUAAGAAAAAAAGUAGUUUUUGAUAUCUGCAAGGAAAGAAUUGAAUAAACACAAAUAUAAGUUGUCAUAGGACCCAGAUUUUUCAUCUAAAUUUGAUGCUGCCUUGAUAGGAAGUGUAGAAUAAAGCAAGUAAUCAAAGGCAGAUUACUUUCUAUUUGACAAUGGAGUAAAAACAAAUAAGGAGAAACAUUCAAUUAUCAAUACUAAACCAAGAGUAUAGUUAGGAGGUGUGUUCUUUGAAACAAACCAAAGUGGCUUAAAAUAACCGAGGAAAAUGAUGGUGUUAUUGAAAUAGAAUGGAAAUGAAAAUUAGAUUACAACAUUUGAGAAUCGAUAACCAGUUCUUAAGAAACAAUUUGAUUGUACUUAAAUAAAUAACAAUAGAAACCAUUUACACUCUUGA